GGUAACAGGGAAAGGUGUGGCGAGGCUUUCACUGGCUGGUUUGAACGGAACCACAAUAAAGUUGUUAAGCUGGAAAUUCUGCAGUCUCCACUCACCUGCUUAUAGACACAGGUGCGGACGACUGUCCAUACCUGAAAGGUUGUUAGAAGGAUUUGCUGUAAAAUAGGCCUACAGAAGCUGCCAAAAUGAGCAAGAUUUCCAAACUUUUCAAGGGGAGUUCAAGUUCAAAUUCAUCGAGCUCUAAGUCCAAACAUGGGUCACGGGGAGGUCCUUCUCCCCAAGAGGCUAUCCACAAACUCAGGGAAACGGAGGACAUGCUGACAAAGAAACAAGCCUACCUGGAACAAAGGAUACAGCAGGAAAUAGCAACAGCAAAGAAACAUGGCACCAAAAACAAACGGGCUGCUUUACAAGCUCUGAAGAGGAAGAAGAGGUACGAGCAGCAACUUACACAGAUAGAUGGCACCUUGUCAACUAUUGAGUUUCAGAGAGAAGCACUGGAGAAUUCACAUACCAACACAGAAGUCCUCAAAAAUAUGGGCUAUGCUGCAAAGGCUAUGAAGAAAGUCCAUGAGAGUUUGGACGUUAACAAUAUCGAGGACAUGAUGUUAGAUAUUGGAGAGCAACAGGACCUCGCCAGGGAGAUCAGUGAGGCCAUUUCUGGACCUAUCGGAGAACAAUUUGAUGAGGACGAGCUACUUGCAGAGUUGGCUGAGCUUGAGGAGGAGGAACUAGAGGACACGAUGGGCGACCUACCCAGUGUUCCUGCAUCUAAACUACCUUCAGUGCGACCUGGCCAGCGUACAUCAUCCAGAAGAAAGGUUGAAGAUGAAGACGAUAUGCGCAUGCUGGCAUCAUGGGGAACCUAAUGCAUGUAUAUAGAAUGCUUGACAAACUUUUGUUUUUACUACAAACCUGUAUCUGGAACUUUUAGAUGACACAGUGUGUGUAAUAUAAUACAAAAUAAGGUUUUAAGUGAAGGAAUUUGAAGGAAUUAUAAAUACAAAGUUGGUUGGUUUUGCAGCUUCUUCUUCUGUUUUCAUUGAUCAAAUUGCACUAUUUUUGAAAUGCAAGGUGGCAAGAUGCUAUGUUUUGGUAGACCUGUAAAUACAUUUGAUACAUUGUAUACAUGUAGAGUUAUGUUUUCUAUGCCAUAAUGAUCAUUGGCAUUGGAUUAUACUGUAUAUAAUUAUUGUAAUUAAAUAUUAACUUUGGUGCAUGAAGGUGCUGAUCUGUGCCUGUCUGUGUAAACAAUAAAAAGAUUACUGAACAUUC